UUGCUAUUGUUGGUGCCAUGAUGUAUUGUAUUCUACCAUCUACAGAAUUCUCCCGUGGACGACAGAAAAUAGGGGCACCUUACGCCCAUCUGCACUUACACGUCACGCCCUGCCGCAACCACGCCCAGCCGCACCAGCCACAUCAGCCAUGUCACAACCACUGGCACAGCAUUGUUGGAUAAGCGAGUAUCACAGCCCUACACACUCUACGUACUUUACGUGCAGCACACCACUGGAGCUCUCCCGGUCAGACUCAACGAACUCCAAACACCAUCACCCACUACCGUCGCUACCAUACCACCAACGCUCUUCAUCCGCCACCACGACAUCCCUCACACUUCCCUAUUCACGUACCUCUUCCACCGUUCUUCACGCCGAAAAGCAUAGCAACACUGCCACCGCGCGUCGGCUCAGCACCUUAACGCGCAAGCUUCCCGCCCUUCACCCACCGGUCACCAUCCAUACACCGUCACCAUGUCGCUCCAACGCUCAGCGGCGGACUUCAAGUCGUCGAUGUCCUCGGCGGCGAACCUUUUUCCCUCGCGGCCCAAGCCCGUCCAAAAAGCCCAGCAAGCUCCCGCAGAACCCACACAGCCGCCACCUCCGGCCGCAAAGCGGAAGCGUCCCAAUACCAACACCCCCGUCGUUGCCGCAAGCGCACAGGUGUACCAACAGCCAUCCAUCAACUCCCUCGCUGGGCAGCACUUGAUGACGCAAGUUGUGCAUGCGCAGACAUACCUCAAGGAGAAGGAGCGACCGCUACGGCCUGAGGACGUCGCCUCGUACCUGUCACUUCCGCUCACCUCCGAGGUAUUCCAGGUGUUGCGCGAAAACUCGAAUCCGAGGAUUCACUACGAUGCCGAUGCAGAUACGUUCGAGUUCCGGCCGUUGCACAAUAUACGGAGCAAGACCGAUCUGUUGGCGUUUCUGCAACGGCAGACGACGGCGCAGGGACUGGCGGUGAAGGAGUUGAAGGAGGGGUGGGCGGGUGCUAUUGAUGCUGUUGAUGUCCUUGAGAAGAGUGGUGAUAUCCUUGUUGUCAGGACGAAGAAGGAGAAUCAGCCGCGUAUGGUAUGGGGCAACGAUAAGACGCUCACAUGUGAGGUCGACGAUGAGUUUAGGGAUUUGUGGCAUGGGAUAAAGAUUCCGCCGGCGGCAGAGUUGGUGGGUGAGCUUGAGGGUAUGGGAUUGAAGCCUGCAAGCGUCGAUCCGAGUACCCUCAAAGUGGAGGUCAAGAAGCAGCAGAAGAGGAAGCGUGCUGUUAACCGGAGGGGCAAGGUUAGCAAUGUGCACAUGAGCGGUAUCCUGAAGGACAGUAAGGAUCUGCGUAAGUAGGUGUUUGGCUCGAUAGAGGGACUUGUUGCCUUUUUUGGCAUUGUUGAUGAAUGGUGGCCUCCAGUGGUGGAAUGCUCCGUAAUGGCUGGUUGGUUGUGCUAUGUGGGCUAUUAUCUGUAGUAAUGGAGUGCACUACAAUGGCUAGAUGUGUUUGCUUGCCAUGUCGAUAGAUUUUGUUCAAG